GCACCCCUCCAGCUGAAUGGCUUCUCUUCUCACGAGUCUUUAACUGCAGAUGAAGGAAAAGGCUCACUUUACUCAGAAGAACAAGUCGUCUUGUAUUCUUUCUUUUCCAACCUGUUUGAGAUUUUAUUGUUUUUGGAUAAGUAAGGAUAAAACUUACUCAACCACCAUGGGGUGAAUCUGACAUGUGAUGAUGAGGACGUUAUUCUGGUGAUGAAGGAGCGUCGUCAGGAAACUCAGCAUAGAUUUCACCAUGGUGAAGGAGUCUUUGCCCAGCUGGAUCCAUCAGGACUCUGAAGAGGGUCUCGUUCAUGUGAAUGUCGGCGGGCUGAAGAGGAGCCUCUGUUCCAGCACUCUCAAGAAAUUCCCAGACACCAGGUUGGGAAAAUUACUGGCGUGCGAUUCAGAGGAAGACAUACUGCAGGUGUGUGAUGACUAUGAUGUACAGGAGAAAGAGUUUUACUUUGAUAGAAAUCCAGGUCUGUUUCCUUAUGUCCUCCACUUUUAUCAGACUGGUAAACUUCAUGUGAUGGAGGAACUCUGUGUGUUCUCCUUCAGUCAAGAGAUAGAGUAUUGGGGCAUCAAUGAGUUCUUCCUGGACACCUGCUGUAGUUAUCGUUACCAUGACCGCAAGCUGGAGAGAGGUCGACACCGCAGCUGGGAUGAUGAGAGUGAUGUCAGCAGUGUCGACACAUCUGUGGACGAGAUUUCUGAUUUAAACAAAGACAUGCAGCAUUUCCAGGAAGUUCGCUACGGGAACAUCAAGAAAUGUUUGUGGCUUACACUGGAGAACCCGGGAUACUCCAUCCCGAGCAAGCUCUUCAGUCUGCUCUCCAUCGGAGUGGUGCUCACAUCCAUUGCCACUAUGUGCAUUAACAGCAUCCCAGAGUAUCAGACUUUUGACUCAGAUGGAAAGCUGAUCGAAGACAAAACUACCCAGGCUCUUGAGGUGUUCUGUACCUGCUGGUUCACCUUUGAGGUUGUGACGCGGCUGCUGCUCGCUCCAAACAGGAAGAAGUUCUUCCAUCACCCACUCAACAUUAUCGACCUGGUGUCAGUGGUUCCCAUCUACAUCACCCUGGUCUUUGACUUGACUGUGGGAUCCGAGUCUGAACUGGGAGACCUGGGGCGACUAAUACAGGUGUUCAGGUUAAUGAGGAUCUUUAGAGUUUUGAAGUUGGCCCGACACUCCACAGGUCUGCGCUCUCUGGGAGCAACACUUCGGCACAGUUACCGUGAAGUGGGAAUACUGCUACUAUACCUGGGUGUCGGCGUGUCCGUCUUUUCUGGGAUUGCUUACACCGCUGAAUGUGAAGAGGAUGUAGGCUUGGACACAAUCCCGGCCUGCUGGUGGUGGGGAACUGUCAGCAUGACCACGGUGGGUUACGGAGACGUAGUGCCUGUGACAGUCGCCGGAAAGCUAGCAGCGAGUGGAUGCAUCCUGGGUGGCACUCUGGUGGUGGCUCUGCCCAUCACUAUCAUCUUCAACAAGUUCUCCCAUUUUUACCGCCGGCAGAAAGCUUUGGAGGCGUCGGUGAGAAACAACAACAAUCGCAAGGAGAUCAAAGUGAGCUGCGAGAAUGAGCUGGAAGAGGAUGAGGAAUCGGACAGGGACAGUCGCCGCCUGGACGAUGAUGAUAUUGAUGACAUUGAGGAAGAUGACAUUGAUUUUGAGGAUGAAGGAGGAGUGAUAAACUACAGCUAUGUGGAGCAUCCGUCUUACCCAUCAACAAUGAGAAAGAAGGAGCUGUAUCAGCUGUAAGGUCUGAAACUUUGUCAACUCAAACAUAAUGGACUUGAUACACCUAGGGAACAUUAACUGACCCUGCUUUGCUUAGAUUGAUGCUUCAGGAUCAAUAAGGUGAUGGAGACAGGCUGUAAGAGGGGAUCACACAAGCUUUUUGGGUCUUCCAUAAAUUAUUGUACUUUGCUGCCACUGAAUGUGCAUGUCGUCUGUUUCAGGACUGAUUUUUUUGUUCAUUGGAUUUGUAGGUCUGCUUGUGGAAAAUUGAAAAAAAAAAAACAAAACCCCGAGACAAACAAACAAACAAAGGAAAAUGGCACACAAUAUCAAUAUCAAUGCCUACACAGAAUUGAAUGUAUGAGAAAAAGCAUGCUGACCUGUAAUGUAAAUAAAAAUAUCAUAUUAAUCUUUUUUGCUCUUGGCUCCAAAGCUACUGCUACUUGUCGUUAAAUCUGCUAAAGUUAGACCAGCGAACCUUUCCUGCGAGAGAAAUUACAGAGCAGAAAAUCCAAACAAAGAUACAUUAAGAAAAAUAAAAAAUACUGAAUGUGUGAAGAUUCAACAUUUUCAACGACAAGCUUUUCACAAAAAGCAAGCACAGUUCUUUGACUAUUUUUUUUUUGCUGUUGCAAUCCUUCUAGACUAUAAAUCUUUCACUGCGGUGAAAGUUGUUUAUUCAAUUUAAAUGGUGUCACAUUUGUAAUAAAAACACAUUUCUUUGAGUAGUAGAGCUGAGAGUCUGGGUUGUUUCCAUAAAAAAGAAAAAAAUAGCAAAUUGUUUGUGCUACCAACUCUUAUUUUGUACCACUUGAGACUAAAUAAUUUUUCAAACAUGUUGCAUAAAAAAAUUGAAGUGACAAUGUUAGUCCUUCUACAUUAUUACAUAAUUUAAAGCUAAAAAAAAUUACCUUACAGAAUAUCCUUCUCAAACAAAACCCAUGGACCCAUACAGUGGUUUUGCCUCACCACAAACUCUUGGUAACACUGAUGUGGAAAAGGGGUUUGGCAUUGGCACACACUCAAUGUUUCUUAUGGGCACAUAAUAGACUUUUCUUACAAUUGUGACACAAUUUAAGACAAAAUGGACAGACAAACCAUCAAAUGCAAUCUUUUUUUCUCUUGUGUAAAAACAAUCUCUUGGUGUGAAAACUCCGCAUUAAAAGGAUUUGACUCUUACCAGGUACUUUAUCCACCUGCAGGACACCCUAAAUUGACUGGCAGUGCUGCACAGACACCACUAAAACAACUUGUGAAGGUUAUAGAUCAGCCGAAAUCAGCACUGAUAACAUAUUCUUCAAGUAAUAUUUGCAUGUUAAAAACAAAUAUUGUUGAACAAUGUUAUUGUUGCAUUUUUAUUUUAAUUUAUGGGGUACAGUUUUACAUUUCUAAUGCCAUACUUCUGUGUAUUCAGUGCUGUGUAAUUAAUAUAUUUCCCCUAUGUAAUUUUAGGAGGUCAUUAUGAAGAGUUUGCGGCAUGUUUUUAUUAAACUACCUCUUGCAUUAUACACAGCAACUCUAUUUUCACCUCUGCAGAAAAUCCCUGUAGCAGAGCAAUAGGGUUAUGGAGUGGUAAUGCUCUACUCCUGAAUGUGGUCUCUCUUCCUAAGCCAACACUCCCUUUUACCCGAUGGCAGCUGCUCACCGAUAAGCCUGGAAGAAGGUUGUCAUCUUCAUUUUAAUAAAGUUUUCAUGAUUUG